AGCAGAGAAAGCAUCAAUAUCUUUCACCCAACAUCAUUAUUAUUUUGGCCCUACUUUCUUGUCCACCACUUCUCGUUCUCCUCUUUGGAUCUAUCCUCUUUGGAAGAUCUACUGUGUCAUUGUGCAACAAGUACUUACUUCCACCUAUUUCUUAAUCCACUAUCGUCUAGAAAAACUGGAUUAUUUCCUAUUAAUUUCUUGUUCUUGUUUUCUGUGGGUUCGACUUACUCUUCUUCUCGUAGUCGUAGAGACCCAGAAGAGUCGGAUCCUCGAAGAUGCGGACGUCUAUUAACGCAUCAUCCUAAAAUUUGAAGUGCUUGAGUUGGAUGAAGAUGAUGAUCAUGAUGAAGGUCAUGCUCUUGGAGGGUCUCCUCCUUUUCCCUACUGUCGUUGUCACGGGUUUGAACUUCAUGGGCCUACUCGAAAAAUCUGGGCAAGAUAUCGAGAGCGACGCCUACAACAUUAACAUAAACGUGACGAUGACGGGAACAAAUACACAUGACACGGGAGGUCUUGCGAGUACCUCAUUUUUGGGCACUAGACCCUCCACCACUGAUUCUGGGUCUGGGAGUCGUGGCUCAACAAACGAUGCUGCACCUCCAGCUGCUCCCAAUCCAAAGUGGGACAGCAGUGAAUUAGGGCUCAAUACAAUUGCUGCAACUGCAAAUGAAUCUAAUUCGAUCCUACAUUUACUAUUUAUUACGUGUCUGCAUUCUUCAAAGUUUGCUCUUCAGACAGAGCUACCCGAACUACAUAGUGUCUAGAAAUCGCCUCAAGGAAGUCGAGGAGCCAGAUUCUCAGGGUAUUCAUUGAGAGAAUCAGUCGAAAAGAUGCACUUUUUCGCGCUCUUCUAAUUAAAACGGCAAAAGGUGGAAAAGAAUACUGGGGCAACGAUGAAUGGGUGACCAUGAUGAAGCUCGCAGUGGAUGUGGAUGCGGCUUCUCUGAUCUUAAGACUACCACAGAAGAUUUAGAUGCACCCACGACAACCUCAAGAAGAGCUAGCUAGCUAGUGCAGCAUUACUAUUCGCGCCAUUGCCUUUGUCGUCGCAGUCGUCCUCUGCACGGCAGGCUUCUCGUCUUUGUGCAAGAUUUCUUGUACAUUGUAAAACCUCUAGAAGUACUAGGUGGUUGUAGAUGAUUGUCUGCUGAUUGAUGUUCCUUUACUAGUACUUAUUGCUGUGACCAUUGACACUGUUGUAUUGUUCCACCUAGUAUUUAUUUCUAGCUCCAAUGAAGGGGCUCAGAUACAACAUGCUGGAGAAGGACGGCGUCAGUCAAUCAUUUACAUCUGGGUCACAACUUAAUAUUAUACAGCUCUAAUGAUACACCAGAAAAAAACGGCUAAGAUUGGCAAGGAUCUGAAUCAGGGCACUGGUUGGCAUUGGGUUUUGACGUCCGACGAGGGUGCGGAUGAUGACGAUCUGAGUUUCUGGCCACCGCUGCCGACGGUGUCUAUGAUGAAUUCUGGGACAAGUACACCUUCUUCUUCAGCGUUAGCGAGCAGGAGGAGUGCGAUUUUUACAACAACCUCCGUCGGUCAUCAUUUAAGGCUCAAAUAAAUAUUUCAUUUCUACAACCAAGCAAGCCAUUUUUUUCGUUUCUCCUCAUAAUUUCCCUGUGUGUCCUCAGGUUUGAGAGAAAUUGAAAUGUACGCAAGAAAUGGAAUGCUUUGAGCUCUAAAUCAUGGCCCUCCAACUAGUACAACCUCUACUUCAUCAAGCAGCGGAUCCUUUUAUAGGAUCAAUUACGGGGACUUGUGGGGCGUUCCUGACGGAAAAGAAGACGCUACACAGGACCUUCGCUUCUAUGUUGGUAAUCAUGGGUCAGCUUCUACUUCAGGCUCGUUGUACUGUUCUCAGACAUCUUUCGAAGGGCGUCUGUUCGGCUGCAACGAGAAGUUUCUGAAACACUACAAGUCUGAACCACGUCAGCUCGUCUCUGGUAAGCAGGCUGAAGAGACGGCAAUGUACGCAUGGACGAAGGCCUACAAGGAAUGGAGGAAGAUAUCACCGCCACGAGUGUUACCGGAAGAGCCUCAGCUUAAAGAAUUCGAUGACGCGCUAACGCUUAUGCAGAAUCUGCCGAAAAAAAAGGGUCUCCAUCUCCAGUGCACGUCAGUCUUAUGAUCUUCGCGUCUUUUUAUCCACCUGUAUCAGGACGAGCAGCAUUAUCCCUGACUCUUCAGGACUACCCUUUUGCAUCCAUAGAAAGAGCAUUCUAGUACCUUCUUCGCCCCACAGACAAAAAAUCCAAAUGGAACGAAAGGUACCAGAAUGGUCAGGGGAUCGAGAUGAUGAAACAAAGCUAAGGCACUUUCCUCUUCUAACCAUAGAUCGAGAAGACAUCGAAAAGGAACAGAAACGCAUUGAUGGCCGCAAGUUUUUGUUUGAAAAGACUUAUCUUGCCUGGGCUUUCGGCGAGGCUGCUAGAAAAGCAGAAGAGGAUUUGGCAGCGAAAAGAGCUGCCGUUUUUGUUAAGGCAAAGCCCCUUGCAGCUUCUAGUAAUGGUGAAAGUGCUAUCUUUUACUUUUAAAUAUUUGUAGCGGUACUAUAUUUUCCUUGUUGAAGCAUCCUCUUGCUUCCUGGUCAGCAUGAUCUUCAUGAUUGUGAUUCUUGGUUCUUUUUCUCCUUGAAAAAGAGCGCAGCUGUAGGAGAUUUUCCGAUAAAGACAGCACGAGGGAGCCUUUUAGGGAUGCGAUGACUUAUACGCAGGUCUCUAGUCUCUAGUUUCGUCUAUGUUUUGUGGCCGAAUGUACGGUCUUAUGCGCCCCCAGUAUGUAAUUUGUAUGACAUUUUUAAUUGAACGAGUUAGUUUAUUGUUUGACCGGGCGGCAGUAAAUAGUCCUAACGCAAAAAAAAACACUGUGUCUAGUCGGGAGUGGCCAUAUCAGGGGCACACAGAUGACUAGUCUCUAUCUCUAAUAUCGGAGGUGAGCAGAAGAAUCUUCUGCAACGUAUUUGGUUUGGCUUUAGACAUGUCUUGGAAAAAAUGACUGAGUCGUUGGUCUCAUCGGGAACCGUUGCAGGCGGUUGCAGAGGAUUCCGGAAAGCUCUGAUUCAUGCGGAGAAAAAGCUACUUGGCGUAGGCGUUAGCAGCGUGGCUUCGUUUAUCCUCGACAGUGAUUGCGACCAUUUGACAGCCGCGACAGCUGGGGCACUAGGAGGCAUAACUCAUUACUAUGUAGUAUAUUGCUAUUGGCCUCCUGGAGGUGGAGAAGGAGAUGAUCGCCAUCAUUAACAUUUUUUACUGAAUAUAGUUACAGAUGAGACAGUCUUAAGAUAAAAAUAAGUCAAUUUUUACAAUGUUGAUUACGAUUUUCUUGGACGAUUCCAAUCUCUCAGAAAGAGAAAAAGAAGAAGAAGAUGCCGAAGAAGACAUUUUGUUUGUUAGAUAGUUCGUCAUCUUGCUCAUCUUUGUAGCACUUACUAUCGAUCCUCGUCUUCUACUUCAUCAGGCGGAUCCGUCCCGAUUUGGCAAGGCAUCGAGCACCUGAAGGCCAACAGCUUGAAGGAGGCAUGGUUCUUUCGGUUUAUGAUGAAGCAACCGCGACUAUGCUCACAACACCAAAC